AUGCAGCGCUCGCGGGCGGCCGCGGACGAGGCGGCGGCGCUCCUGGCCGGGCUGGCCCUGCGGGAGCCGGGGCCGGGCGGCGACUCGCCGGGCCGGGGGCGGCGGGGGCCGCGGCCCGGGCCGGGCGACGAGGCGGCGCAGGCGCGGGCCCGCCGGGGCAAGGGCGGCGGCGGCGGCCCCGAGGCCGGGGCGGACGGCGCGAGCCGCGCGGAGCGAGGCCCGCGGCGCGCGGGGCCCGCCGAGCUCGGCGCGCCGCCGGCGGGCAGCCCCCGGGCCAGCCUGGCGGGCUCCGACGGCGGCGGCGGCAGCGCGCGCUCCAGCGGCAUCAGCCUGGGCUACGACCAGCGCCACGGCAGCCCGCGCCCCGGCCGCGCCGACCCGCGCCCCGGCCCCGGGCCGCCGUCGGGGGGCAGCGCCCGCUCCAGCGUGUCCAGUCUCGGCUCCCGCGGCUCGGCCGGCGCCUACGCCGACCUGCUGCUGCCCGGCGCCGGCCCCGGCCCCGCGCGCGCGCGCUCCCCCGAGCCGGCUGGGCCGGCCCCCUUCCCGCUGCCCCCGCUCCAGCCGCCCGCGGCGGGCCGGGAGGGCGGCCCGAGCGCGGCGGAGCGGCGGCUGGAGGCGCUGACGCGCGAGCUGGAGCGGGCGCUGGAGGCGCGCUCGGCGCGGGACUACUUCGGCAUUUGCAUCAAAUGUGGACUUGGCAUUUACGGAGCACGACAGGCGUGCCAGGCCAUGGGGAGCCUGUAUCACACCGACUGCUUCACCUGUGACUCCUGUGGGAGACGGCUUCGUGGGAAGGCAUUCUACAACGUGGGCGAGAAAGUGUACUGCCAGGAGGACUUCCUGUACUCUGGGUUCCAGCAGACGGCCGACAAGUGUAGCGUGUGCGGACACCUCAUCAUGGAGAUGAUCCUGCAGGCCCUCGGCAAGUCCUACCACCCGGGCUGCUUCCGGUGCUCCGUGUGCAACGAAUGCCUGGACGGGGUGCCCUUCACCGUGGACGUGGAGAACAACAUCUACUGCGUGAGGGACUAUCACACGGUUUUUGCACCAAAAUGCGCCUCCUGUGCCCGUCCGAUCCUCCCUGCGCAGGGCUGUGAGACCACCAUCCGUGUGGUGUCCAUGGACAGAGACUACCACGUGGAGUGUUACCACUGUGAGGACUGCGGGCUGCAGCUGAGCGGGGACGACGGUCGGCGCUGCUACCCCCUGGAGGGCCACCUGCUGUGCCGCCGCUGCCACCUGCGGCGCCUGCGGCCGGGCCCGCUCCCCCCGCCGGCCGUGCAAGUCACCGAGCUCUGAGCGGGGCGCC